AUGGUGAUGUCCAUCUUCCAGGCUGUGGUCACUUAUGUGCCGCUGCUGUGGUUUGUGAGGCUGAGUGAGGGGUUUCCGGACCCCGCUCAGAGGGACCUGCUGAUGCGUCAGGAGGCGUCCCGGCAGACGGGGGGCCGGGUGGCGCUGACGGAGGCCGAGCAGAUGCUGGACCUCCACCUCCAUCAGUUAAAGGAGCAGGAGAUGUCUGCAGCACUGUUCCCCCCCGCUGUCCACUUCUUCAAAGCAAAGCCUCUCAUCCAGAAGAGUCCGAUCUUCAAACUACUGCAGGACAUGCCCAAAGGUGCAGCGCUCCACAUCCACACCUCCUCUCUGGUUGGUGUUGAAUGGCUGGUGAAAAACAUCACCUACAGGCCGGACUGCUACAUCUGCUUCACCUGGGACAACUCGGUGCGCUUCUUGUUCUCCGACCGCCAGCCCUUCCCACGGUGGGACUGCUUCUACUGGCAGCUGCUGGAGACCUUGAGAGCCAGGAUAGGAAACACAGAAGGCUUUGAUAACAGUUUAAUGCAGCACCUCACACUGUUCACUGAGGACCCGGACGGGGAGUAUCCGAGCCAAGAGGUUGUGUGGGAGAAGUUUGAGAAAGCCUUCAUCGCUGCUGCGGGGCUCAUCAGCCACGCGCCCGUGUUGAAGGAUUACUUCUAUAGAGGCCUGGAGGAGCUGCUGCAAGACAACAUCAUGUAUCUGGAGCUGAGGAGCGGCCUCUCCCGGACGUAUGAGCUUGAUGGAAGCAUUCAUGAUAAGGUGUGGGCUCUGAAAACAUUUCAAGAGGUUACAAGGACAUUUCAAGAGGAUCAUCCGGACUUUCUCGGGGCUCGUAUCAUCAUUUCUGUGCACAGGGCUCUGAGUGUAUCUGAGGUGAAAGCAGCUGUGAAAGAAGCCAUUCAGCUGCAGAAGGACUUCCCAGAUGUUGUUGCAGGAUUUGACAUGGUUGGCAGGGAGGACAGUGGGAGGACUCUGUGGUACUUCAGGGACGCUCUUUCUCUGCCAGCUGAGAUGGGUGUCACGCUGCCGUACUUCUUUCACGCGGGCGAAACAGAUGAGGAAGGCACUGACGUAGAUCAAAACCUAAUGGACGCCCUUCUGUUCAACACCACACGCAUCGGGCAUGGCUUUGCUUUGGCACACCAUCCUCUGGCCAAAGAGCUUUCUAGGAAAAGAAACGUAGCUGUGGAGCUGUGCCCCAUCUCAAACCAGGUGCUGAAACUGGUAUCGGACCUGAGGAACCACCCUGCCGCUGUGCUGAUGUCGGAGGGCCACCCGAUGGUGAUCAGCUCGGAUGACCCGUCUCUGUUCGGCACCACGGGCCUCUCCUACGACUUCUAUGAAGCCUUUGUUGGCAUCGGAGGGUUAAAAGCAAACUUGGGUACUCUGAAAGAGCUGGCUCUGAACUCCAUCAGGUACAGCUCCCUGCCAGCCCAUCUAAAGGACACAGGUGUCGUCAUGUGGCAGAGCAAAUGGGACGCCUUCAUCUUUAAACACACAUGACAAACACACGGAUCCUGAUCAACUUGAAUUAUUGUUGUCAAAGCGAUUAGCUAUAGCAAACAUCUUUAGGCCUGUAUUCAAACAAUUGGAACUACUGUUUGUGUUAUUGAUUGUCUGAAAACAUACCCUCAGGAUGUUCCUGUCUGAUGUAUUAAGGUAUGCAUUUUUUUUUAAACAAAGGAAUUUGAGUGAACUAGCCAUUCAGACGUACUGUGGGGAGUAUUAAAAGCUGUUUACUGCCAAUCUUUUCCUCUCA